AGGCGCGGCUUUUGGCGACUUGGUGUUCCUUCUUUACUAACAAGUGACUACAUUCUAUUUAUCCACACGCGAGCACCUGGCAACACUAUCAAUGUUUUCCUUUAGCUAAAGUCGUUUUUAACACGUGCGGAACUAUUGCGAGUUGAAGUUUGUUUUUCUUACUAAAACUCGGGAGUACGGUACUUGACUUUCUAAGAUAUUAGAUUUCAUAAAAUGGGUAAAAAGACUAAAGUAGGAAAAAGUCGUAAAGAUAAAUUUUAUCAGUUAGCCAAAGAAACUGGUUUCCGUUCACGUGCCGCUUUUAAGCUAAUCCAGUUGAAUCGAAAAUUUAGUUUUUUACAACAAUCGCAAGUAUGUAUCGAUUUGUGUGCAGCUCCGGGUGGUUGGAUGCAGGUCGCAAAACAAAACAUGCCGGUAUCCAGCAUAGUGAUCGGUGUAGAUUUGUAUCCCAUACGACCUAUAGCGGGAUGUCUCAGUUUAGUGGAAGAUAUUACCACCGAUAAAUGUCGCCAGUCAUUGAGCAAGGAGUUGAAGACAUGGAAAGCUGAUGUCGUUUUACAUGACGGAGCUCCUAAUGUUGGACGCAAUUGGUUGCAUGACGCCUAUCAACAAAUCAGUUUGACGUUAAUGGCUUUGAAAUUGGGUACAGAAUUUUUACGUGGUGGCGGUUGGUUUGUGACAAAAGUCUUUCGUUCCAAGGAUUAUAACGCAUUGUUGUGGGUAUUAAAACAAUUAUUUAAAAAGGUUCACGCCACUAAACCUAGUGCCUCCCGUAAAGAAUCGGCUGAGAUAUUUGUUGUGUGUCAACACUAUUUGGCUCCGGAUCGAAUUGAUCCCCGUUUGUUAGAUCCAAAAUAUGUUUUUGAAGAACUAAGUUUAGAAGGAAAUAAAAAAGUUAGUUUACUUCACCCGGAGAGACAAAAACGUAUCAAAGCAGAAGGCUAUACCGAAAAAGAUAUUGCUCUUAGAAACGAUAUCAGCGCCACCGAAUUUAUGAAAGCUGAGAGUGGUUUGGCCGCUUUACUAGAUAUUGGUUCAAUACGCAUCGACGAUGAACGCAUAGCUAAACACCCGAAGACAACCGCGGAAAUAUUAGAAUGUUGUCGGGAUAUAAAAGUGUUAGGUCGCAAGGAUAUCAAGGGAAUUUUGGCUUGGUGGAAAGCUGUUAAGGAAGAUCUUUUUAAAACAAAUAAAGAAGAGGAGGCUGCUCUAAUUGAAGAAGAAGUUACAAAAGAACCUUUAACUCAAGAUGAGAUCGAAAACAUGGAGGAUGCUGAAUUGCAAAAACAAAUUGUCGAACUGGCAGAAGAAGAACGAAAAGAUAUGAAACGGAAACGUAAAAAGACUCUAAAAACGAAAGCUAAACUGCAAGAAAAAAUGAAUCUUAAAAUGGUGAUCAAAGGUGAUGACGGACCUAGGGAGGAGGGCGAACAGGAGGUGUUUGAUUUAAAAACUGUGAGAACUCAAGAAGAGCUAGAUGAAAUGUUAGAUGUUGCACCCGAUUUUGGUGUAGAAGAACACGUGGAAAUUCCGAAGUUGCCCAAAUAUAAAGCUUAUCAAAAAGACGACAAACGUUUAGACGAUGAUGGCAAUUAUGAGAACGAUGAUGAGCCUGAAAUAUCUGUAGACGAAGAAAGUGAGAACGAUUAUGACAAAGAAGGGCUAGGCUUAAGCGAUAAUGAUCAGUCAUCCAAAUUCGACAAAAAGACGAAAAUUAAUAAAAAGAAAUUAGCUGAUCAUCCUCUAAUUAAAUCGGGUGACUUCCGGGACAAAGACACUAAGCGUCAGCACCGAGUGCAAUUAUGGUACGAGAAAGGAAACUUACAGAAAAUUGAUAGUGAAGACGAUGAAGACUACGAUUUGGAUCGGUUGGCCAAUGAAUAUAAAAGCAGGGGUGUUAAUAUAUUGGGUGAAAAAGUUGAAAAUAGUAACAAAAAUGACGCUGUCGCUUUGGGGAAGAAAGCUAGGCGCAAAGCUCGUCAUACAGCUACGAAAUCAUCGUCUGAAACCUCCAGUGAUUCUGAAGAAGAAGAGAACGCUAUAACCGCGGAUGACGAAAAUAAGGAACCAAAACUAAAAAAGAUACGUCUUACAGAAGAAGAACUGGCGUUAGGAGCCAUGAUGAUGAAAGGCAAUAAAGCGCGACGUGAUUUAAUUGACGGGGCCUGGAAUCGAUAUGCUUUCAACGAUGAUAACUUGCCAAGCUGGUUUAUGCAAGACGAAGAGCUGCAUAUGAAGAAACAAUUGCCAGUUCCUAAAGAAAUGGCCGAAGAAUAUCAACGUAAAGUACAAGAGCUAAACGUAAGGCCAAUUAAAAAAGUCAUGGAAGCGAAGGCACGUAAACGCAGACGUGCAGUUAAACGAUUAGCAAAAGCCAAAAAACAGGCUGAAAAAAUUAUGGAAAAUGCUGAUGCUACUCCACAAGAGAAAGCUAAACAACUAAAGAAAAUAUACAAGAAGACGCAAGAAAAGAAAAAAGAAGUGACUUACGUGGUAGCUAAAAAACAUCAAGCCGGUAAGAGAGCUAAGCGACCACCUGGGAUUAAGGGCCGAUAUAAAAUAGUCGAUCCCAGGCAGAAAAAAGAUAAACGAGCCGCAGACGUUAAGGCUAGACGAGAUAAACGUAAGGGAAGAAAAUAGUGAUUUUCAAUAGCAAAGAAACUUAAAUGAAAUACAACAAAAAUUCUAUCCAAAUGUUGCAGUAAUCGAUUCAUAAGACAUAACAAGUUAACC